AUGGCGUCUGUCCGACCCAGCACGGCAGGUGGCCCGUCGACAAGAAGGGCAAACACUUUUGACAAGAGGAUGUCCAAAGAUGACAUGUUCUUCAACAACGGCUCCCGCAGGGCGGCAUUGGCAAACCAGACCAUGACCAACAACAGGAUGUCCAGAGACGAUUUAUACAUCAAAAGUCGGAUGGCCUCCAUGUCUCAUCACUUUCACGUUCCCGUCCAUGGCGUAGCAACCACAACGCCCGAGUACAGUCCCGAUCAUCCAGUGAUACAAGAGGUGUCGAUACCAGUCAGGAUGCAGACACCCGAGUCGGUCACAUCAGGCGAUAUCCCAAUAGGAAUGGCCCUUGGCAGCCCUACACGCCAUAGCCCGCCAGACGCCUCGAGGUGGCAGGCCCAGUUCCCACCAGCGCCAUCAUCCCCACAGGUGCUUGUCUCCUCCGAACAGCCGUCGCCGGCUAUGGGUGGACCAGGCGAUUCCUUGCAGAGGAAGAAGACGGGAAGGAGGAAGCUGUUCGGCCUGUUCGGUGGUGGGGGAAAGAAGGACGACCAACAGGGCCACAAGGCUGCCGGGCGCGAACGGGGCCUGACACUUUCCAAGCACUCAGCGCCGUCCACAGCGGCUGUGAAUGUGCAGCAGCCGCCAAAGACACCGACGAGAAGCUACACACAGUCCGACAAGAAAACACCCAAGCACAAGCCUAUCGUCCUACGGUCCAACACGAUGCCGGUUAACGCGCCCGAGCACGAGGCAGCCGCUCAGUCGUGGGCACAAGUGCCGAGGACGAGGAGCUCGGAUCCACGCAUCCGCCCUGGCCUUGCACCUUCACAGUCAACACCAGUAGUGCCCCCACUACCCCUGCUGAAUGUGCAGAUUCCCGAGACAAAGCUGGAGCGGUACAGUGUAAUGUUUAGUGACGUGCUAAAGCAAGGCCCCAAGCAGGAGCCCGCUGCAUCAUUGCUGGCCAGGAGGCAGGCAACCCUGGAGAGGCUGAAGACGAUCAGCCAGGGCCAGGAACUAGAAGUGGUGCCGGAGGACACCGAGAAGAGCAGGCCACGACGAGCCACCUCGCCCCAGCCCUCUCGAGAGACGCUGUCGCCGAGCCUCAGUGUUUUUCCCAUCCCACCAACCGGCCGCGCUGUGCCCGGUCUGGAGACACCGACGACAUCUUCCAAACGUGUUGCAAGGUCCAACACCUCACCGGGCCGUUUGCCUUCCCCUACCCAACAAGUCUUCGACACCACCCGUGCGAGGCACCCACCUGCCUCUCAUAGAACCACACGGAAUCUCGAGGUGCCCAACCCCUUCGAGAUGCACCCACCGCUGUCAGGAGGCUCCAGCGGACCCCAGGAGCCCAUCUACCCGACCGACACCACCUUCCACUUCGGACACGACAAGUCCGGCCUUAUUCUGGACUCCCCGACAUCAAUGGACUCCCACGAGGAGAUUAUCGUCUCGCAACCCUCCAAGCCGACCCUCCACGAGCCACAGUGGCAGGUGAUCUCGCCCGCGCCCUCGACCUCCUCCUCCACCGCCAUAUCGACCGCCGCCUCGGGUCACCGAGGCCGCUCAGCAUCUGCCAUCUCGAGCAGCACGCACAUCACAAAGCCCUCGUCCGACCUGGACGCCUCGGACGCCGCCCUACAGAACGCGGUCGAGGUGAGUAUCGCACGCCAGAUUAGCAUCUCGCGACAGCAGCGCGACCUGCUGCGGCCGCUGCAGACGCGGAGGGACACGGGCGAGAGACACGCUGCACACGCUGCUGCUGCUGCUGCGGGAGCGUUCUCCCCUUUGUCGGCAGGAGGGCAGCACCAGCUCAGGAGCCCGCUCGGCGUGACGUUUAUCAAGGCCCCGAGCCCCAGCAGGCUGGGCCGUGACGAGUCCAUUAGGGAUGUCCAGAGCUCGACGCCUACGCUGGUGCACCAGUGGGACAGUCCCAUCAGGAAGAGCACGUGGGCUGUGGUGGAGAGCGAUUAA